AAAUUGACUAUCAUUUUAAAAAAAAAAACUUGACGUUAUAAGUCUUGACAAGCAAUUUAUUAUAAUUAUUCUUAACGAAAAUGUCAUGUAAGUGUCCACCAAAAGUUAAAAAAAGUUAUAGUUAUUAUGAUACCCCCGAUGGCUGUGAUGUCUUCAAAAAGAUGCUGGUAACGAGUAGAUACGGCGCCAUGGCCGGUUUAAUUCUAUCAACGUACGACGUGUUAAUGUAUUCACACGCAACUGGAUUGGGGAACAUGAUGAGGCGAUAUGCCUACCACACGGCUCCACUCGCCCUGGCGGGCGCUACAUUCGCGGCCGUUGCCAACGGAGUGCAACACCUUAGAAAAAGGGAUGACCCUCUGAACUAUUUUAUUGGGGGAGUUUCUUGCGGUCCUAUACUAGCUUACUACUUUGGUUCCUAUUACGCAUUGUUCGUGGGCGGACUCUUACUUGGUAUAGCUGGCGCUAUCAAAAAAGACGCUGUUGAUAAUGACUUCGACCUUUUGCCUCACGUACCAACUUUGGGUACUGUGGACGGCUGGAGAAGGGAUUACACAUUAGUACAAGAUCCUAGAGAUACUCUCAUUCAUACAUGCGGCAAAGAAAAUGACAAAUGAUAUUGUAUUGAAAUAUUCGAAUAUUUAAUAAACUAUAAAAUUGUAUAUAUUUCUUUGUCCAUAUAACUUUUAUACUCGAUAUAUUUAUCAAGAACCGAUAGAUGUGGAAUAAUUAUCAAAAAAAAAAUAAUCGAUUUGGUAAGUAAAAAACAUGAUAUAAAUGUUUCAAUCAACAUUCAUAUACUAUAGGAAAAUAAAACGAUUUCAAACAA